CUCAACCUCAACCUCAACCUCAACAGUUCACACCGCCUCAGGAAUUCAUCACACCAGCUUUUAAUAACAAUAACAACACAUUAGUUUCAGUUAUUUCAUGCGAGACUCUUACAAUAGGAACAUGGCGUCGCAUUUUAACAAUGUCAUCUCCCACAGAUCUUUUAUGUUAUUAUACCUUACCUCAGAAUAUAUUCACUUAUCAUAUUACUAAUGAGAAUACUCAAUUCAAGAUGGAGUUUUCACUUUCUGAUAUCUUUUCAGUUGAAUAUCGACCUAUUGAUGAUGUUCAUUCACAAAUUGCAAUUGAAGUCAAAGAAUCACCUUCCUUCUAUAUGGAGUCACCUCAUGGUGGAUGGAAUAUGUGUAAAGAUUUUACUGAAGAUAGACAAGCAUCUCGACAUACAAGACAUGUAUUGAAAGGUCGUUCCGCUGUAAUGAAACCACAACUUAUUAAACUUAUGCAAGACGAUCCAAACCUUGCUAAAGUUGUAACAAUAUUUGAUACUCCAGCUCCGGCUGAUCCAUUAAGUCCAGAUAUGACUGAAGAUAAUAACAAUGUCAUAAUUAACAAUGGUCAAGAGGAUAAUCACCCUCGUCGUUCAUCCUUCCCAGUUAGUGGUUCAAUUGCUAAUAAUUUGCAAUAUUCAAAUUCUCAAAAAGGGGAUAACAAACCCGACAUGAAUCUCUUAAGACAAGCUUGUACACGUCGAUCCGCAUCAGCUCCAUUAUCACCGUCGGAAGAUAAUAAGAAUUCUUUGUUAACAGCUCAACAAGAUGAUGCAUUACAAAUCAAUACUUCAGCCAAUUUCCUUAAUAUGUUUAACAAAGGCGAAAUGAAUCAAAGUUCUCCGGAAUUCUGCUCUUCACCAAUGGAAUUAAAUUCUUCAUCUCCAUCUACUCCUCUUGAUGUAUUUGACAAUUCUCCAACCUUAAUGGAUUCAUCACCACUUUUAAAUCAAGAUCCUUUUGUAUCUUUACCUUCACAUAAUUUAAGUAAUCUUACCAUGGAUUCUACUUCAACUUUAUUAUCCGAUGAGCAAGUAGCCGCUGCCAUGGUUACAUUUGCACCAUCAAUGACAGGAAAUGUAUCCGGCGAAGAUUUCGCAAAUAUGUUCAACACAAUGAGUAAUAAUAGUUCAGAUACCGCGUCUGACGUGAGUGAAUUCUUGACCUUUAAUGAUACAUAUGAAAAUAUUGCCGGUAAUGACAAUUUUUCUUCCAAUAAUAUGAUGAAUCUUGAUACUUCCGCUUGGGUCGGAGAUGUUGCUUAUUGCAAUUGAGGCAAUGAUAACGAAACUAAUGACGUUUGUAACGUACAUUUAAUGAACAUUAAUGAUAGUAAUUUAAUACCUAAUAUUUUUAUUUUUCUUCAAAAAUAUUAAUUAAUUCUAAAUUCCAAUAUUACAUCUAAUUAAUUAUGUACCACAUGUGAACUGAUAUGCUUUUUUUUUUCCUUUUUUUUCUAUGAGGUUGAAACAAAUAAAGUUUUCUAAGAAAAACUUAAGAGAUAUGGAUUAUUUUAAAAUAUAUUAUAACUUUU